GAGUUAUGAAGACAUGCUGGUGGAUGAAGUGGCCCCUGACCGGUACUACUGGGCCCCCCUGGCCCAGCACGAGCGGGGCAGCCUGGCCAGUCUGGACCGCCUGCGAAAGGGGGGGCCAGCCCCGGGGAGAUUGCUGGACCACCCCAAGAAGGAGGUGCACUACGGCGCCUGCGGAGCCCUCAAGAACAUCUCCUUCGGCAAGGACCAAGAUAAUAAGAUUGCCAUCAAGAACUGCGACGGGGUGCCUGCUCUGGUGCGCCUGCUGCGGAAGGCCCAUGACAUGGACCUCACGGAGGUCAUCACAGGAACACUGUGGAAUCUGUCCUCGCACGACUCCAUCAAGAUGGCCAUUGUGGACCACGCGCUCCAUGCCCUGACCGAUGAGGUGGUCAUUCCCCGCUCGGGCUGGGAGCGGGAACCCAACGAGGACUCAAAACCCCGCCACAUCGAGUGGGAGUCCGUGCUCACCAACACCGCUGGCUGCCUUAGGAACGUGAGCUCAGAGCGGAGCGAGGCCCGUCGGAAGCUGCGGGAAUGCGAUGGGCUGGUGGAUGCCCUUAUCUAUAUCGUCCAGUCUGAGAUCGGCCAGAAGGACUUGGACAGCAAGCUGGUGGAGAACUGUGUGUGCCUGCUGAGAAACUUGUCCUACCAAGUCCACCGUGAGAUCCCCCAUGCUGAGCGCUACCAGGAGACGCCUCUGGCCCCUGCCAACAACACCGGGCCCCACGCUGCCAGCUGCUUCGGUGCCAAGAAAGGCAAAGAUGAAUGGUUCUCCAGAGGUAAAAAGCUCCCAGAAGACCCUGGUGCUGAUACAGUGGAUUUUCCCAAAAGAACAACUCCAGCCAAAGGCUACGAGCUCCUCUUCCAGCCAGAAGUGGUCCGGAUAUACAUCUCCCUUCUAAAGGAGAGCAAGAACCCAGCCAUCCUGGAGGCCUCGGCAGGAGCCAUUCAGAACCUGUGUGCUGGCAGCUGGACAUAUGGCCGCUACAUCCGCUCGGCGCUGCGCCAGGAGAAGGGGCUUUCCGCCAUCGCCGACCUCCUGACCCACGACAGCGAGCGAGUGGUGAAAGCGGCGUCCGGAGCCCUGCGCAACCUGGCUGUCGACUUGCGUAACAAAGAGCUGAUUGGUAAACAUGCCAUCCCCAACCUUGUGAAGAACCUGCCUGGAGGCCAGCAGAACCCCGCCAAAAACCUCUCAGAGGACACCGUGGUGUCAAUCCUCAACACCAUCAAUGAAGUAGUUGUGGACAACCUUGAGGCUGCCAAGAAGCUGCGGGAAACGCAGGGGAUUGAGAAGCUGGUGCUGAUCAACAAAUCGGGGAACCGCUCAGAAAGAGAAGUCCGAGCAGCUGCCCUUGUCUUGCAGACAGUCUGGGGGUAUAAAGAGCUACGGAAGCCUCUGGAGAAGGAAGGCUGGAAGAAGUCAGAUUUCCAGGUCAACCUGAGCAAUGCCUCUCGGACCCACGGAGGCAACUCAUUUGAUGACAGCACCUUGCCUCUCAUUGACAGGACCCAAAAAACAGACAAGAAAUCCUCCCGGGAGGAAAUCCAGAUGAGCAACAUGGGACCAGACAACUAUUCCACGCUCAAUGAGAGGGACCACAGCAGGACACUGGACCGAUCUGCUGACCUCGGAGAUGCAGAGCUGGUGAAGGCAGCACCAUUGAUG